CUGGAAUCUAAAUACCUUGUUCAGAAAAACGUGUCCACACAUAAAACAAAAAGCAAAGUAAAAGCAACCCAAGCUUCUUCCACAUCCAUCUUCUUCCACAUCUUUCUUCCCUUCAACCCAAAUCUCAAUUCCAAAUCCCUAGAUUCACUUUCAAUCUUCAUCUUCUUCAAACUAACUCCUUCUCUCUUCAAUUCCUCAACAAUGGAUCUAGCUCCUGAAGAACUCCAAUUCCUCAGCAUCCACAACAUCUUAGCCGAAUCAAUCUCAAUCCCCAAAACUUCCCCUAAAACCUUCUACCUAAUCACCCUAACCCUAAUUUUUCCCCUCUCUUUCGCAAUUCUAGCUCAUUCCCUUUUCACACAUCCCUUAAUUUCACAUCUUCAAUCUCCUUUCACUGAUCCCUCACAAACCUCUCACGAUUGGACUCUCCUCCUCGUUUUUCAGUUCUUUUACCUCAUUUUCCUCUUCGCUUUCUCUCUCCUCUCCACCGCCGCCGUCGUCUUCACCGUCGCGUCGUUGUAUACAUCAAAGCCGGUGUCUUUUUCUUCCACUAUGUCAGCUAUCCCCAAAGUGUUUAAGAGAUUGUUCGUUACUUUCUUAUGGGUUACUCUUCUUAUGACUGUUUAUAAUUCGGUUUUUGUUGUUUGUUUGGUUGUGCUUAUUAUAGCUGCGGAUACGGAUAACACGUUUCUGUUGUUUUUCUCUAUUGUUGUGAUUCUGUUGCUGUUUGUUGUUGCUCAUGUUUACAUUACUGCGUUGUGGCAUUUGGCGAGUGUGGUUUCUGUGCUUGAGCCUGUUUAUGGUUUUGCUGCUAUGAAGAAGAGUUAUGAGUUGUUGAAGGGGAGGGUUAGGUAUGCUGCGGUUUUGGUUUGUGGGUAUUUGUUUAUCUGUGGGGUUAUUGCGGGGGUGUUUAGCGCGGUGGUGGUGCAUGGUGGGGAUGGGUAUGGUGUGUUUUCUAGGAUUGUGAUUGGUGGGUUCUUGGUGGGUGUGCUUGUGAUUGUCAAUUUGGUUGGGUUGUUGGUGCAGAGUGUGUUUUACUAUGUUUGCAAGAGUUAUCAUCAUCAAGGGAUUGAUAAGAGUGCUUUGCAUGAUCAUCUUGGUGGCUACCUUGGAGAGUAUGUGCCUCUUAAGAGCAGUAUCCAAAUGGAAAAUUUGGAUGUAUGAGACAAUUACACGAGGGUUUGAUUUGUAAGUUUAUUUUUCUUUGUUAUAUGAUGUAAUGAAAUUGUGUAAAACGGUUCGAAGAAAAGACUAAUGAAAGAUUGUAUGUUGGUUGCAUUUUCUUUA